UAAUUAUUUCAAAUAGUAUACCGGUGCAACCGGCCAUAAAUGUUGACAGUUGGCAAUGAAUAAGUGAAUUGGUAGAUUUUUACAUGUUGAACAAUUAAUUUAGAAAAAUAUUAAGCAUACAUAUAAUUUGAUUACAUUAAGACACUACACUAUUGCAGGGGAUCGUUUAUUUUACUGAUAUGUAAAUAUAAAAGUAAUUAUUGAAUUUUAACCUUAAUUAUUGAAAUGUACAUACUUUUUACUUAAAACAAGUCUGGUAGUCAACUUUUUACUUUGUCGUUUUAAUUUAUUGGUAAAACAAUCCAUCUUCAUCAUGGCUAGUGUAUCAUAUCAAAUUGCUAAUCUGCUUGAAAAGAUGCAAAGCAGUGACAAGGACUUUAGAUUCAUGGCAACAAAUGACUUGAUGAGCGAACUACAAAAAGAUAGCAUCAAAUUAGAUGAUGAUUCUGAGAGGAAAGUGGUGAGAAUGUUGUUAAAGCUUCUCGAAGACAAAAAUGGGGAAGUCCAGAAUUUGGCUGUUAAAUGUUUGGGGCCUUUGGUGAAUAAAGUUAAAGAGUAUCAGGUGGAAACAAUUGUUGAAUCACUUUGUACAAAUAUGAUUUCUGACAAGGAACAACUUCGUGAUAUAUCCAGCAUUGGGCUAAAGACUGUGAUUGCUGAGUUGCCACAGGCCCCAGGAGGCCUAUCCGGCAAUAUCUGCAAAAGAAUUACUGGUAGACUUACUACAGCAAUAGAAAGGCAAGAGGACGUUUCAGUCCAACUUGAAGCUUUGGAUAUAGUGGCAGAUUUGUUGCAACGUUUUGGAAGUGUCCUAAGCACUUUUCACUGUUCAAUAUUGAAUGCUUUGCUGCCUCAGUUGUGCUCUCAAAGGCAAGCGGUGCGUAAGAGAACAAUUGCGGCUUGUAGCAACUUGGUGCUGUCCUGUAACAACAACCUUUACGUAAAGCUGAUUGAUCAUCUUUACGAUGGACUGUGUAAUGAUAAAAACAACUCGCAGAUUCGUACUUAUGUACAGUGUAUUGCCGCCGUUUGUCGCCAAUCUGGUCAUAAAUUUGGCGAACACAUUGAAAAAUUCGUCCCUUUAAUAUUGCAAUGUAGUUCGGUAGAUGAUGAUGAGCUUAGAGAAUUCUGCUUGCAGUCUUUUGAAAGCUUCAUUAACCGCUGCCCUAAGGAAAUAACGCCCAAUAUUCCAGCGAUUACUCAACUAUGCCUUAAAUUCAUGACUUAUGAUCCGAACUACAAUUACGAUGAAGAUGAGUCUAGCAAUGAGGAUGGCAAUGAGUUUGAUGAUGAGGACGACGAAGAAGACAAUGACGAGUACAGCGAUGAUGACGAUAUGAGCUGGAAAGUGCGCAGGUCCGCUGCCAAAUGUCUCGAAGCAAUAAUAUCGACUCGUCACGAGUUACUUCCUGAAUUCUACAAAGUCCUGUCUCCCGCGUUGAUAGCUCGUUUCAAGGAAAGAGAAGAGAAUGUCAAGUCCGACAUUUUCCAUGCUUAUAUCGCCUUGUUGAAGCAAACUAGAGCUACGGUUAACGUUAACAUGGAUCCGAAUGCAAUGGUUAUGGACGAGGUCGAAGAAAGUCCGAUGAGUUUGUUGCAGUCGCAAAUCGACUUGAUUGUGAAGGGGGUCCAGACCCAGAUGCGCGAGAAGAGCAUGAAGACUAGACAGGAUUGUUUCUCCUUACUUAAAGAAGUCUGCGCCGUUCUUCCAGGGGCUUUGAGUUCUCAUAUAGCCGAUCUAAUUCCUGGUAUACUGUAUUCGUUGGGCGAGAAAAACGCCAGUAGCAAUAUGAAAAUCGACGCUCUAUCAUUUAUUUAUUGUCUGCUUACCAGCCAUCCUACUACAGUUUUUCACUCCCACAUCCACAUUCUAUUGCCGCCUGUGAUAAACGCUGUUGGUGACAGCUUUUAUAAAAUCACAGCCGAAGCUUUGAAUGUCCUACAAGAACUCGUCAAGGUAAUAAGACCGUUAAACGGCACCACCGACUUUGACUUUACACCAUUCACCAAAGACAUUUAUUCAUGCACUUUGGAUCGUUUGAGGACCGCCGACAUCGAUCAGGAGGUAAAAGAAAAAGCAAUUUCAACAAUGGGGCAAGUCAUAUGCAAUCUGGGCGACCAUUUGAAAUCGGAGUUGCCGAGUUGUUUCCCGCUCUUCUUGGACAGACUGCGCAACGAAAUCACCAGACUGACGACCGUCAAAGCCUUGACCAAAAUCGCCGGAUCUCCUCUGUGCAUUGAUCUCCCAAUUUUAAACAACGCCAUACCGAUACUGGGGCACUUCCUGCGCAAAAAUCAGCGCGCCUUAAAACUGAGCACCCUUCAACUUCUCGAUUGCGUUAUAAAAAACUAUCACGAGUACAUCGACGUCGAACUGCUCCAAAGUACUGUAAUAGUCGAGGUACCUCCCUUACUGGACGAAUCCGAUUUGCAUAUAGCUCAAUGGACUUUGGUCAUAUUGAAAUCAGUGGCCGAACACCACCCAAGGGCUCUCAAAGAAGUCUCCAACAACAUCUUGCCUCAAGUCAUGGUACUAGUCAAAUCUCCGUUGCUACAAGGAUCUGCUCUACAAGCCAUGCUUAAAUUCUUCAAGGCUUUAGUUAAGUGCAAUCUGCACGGAUUAAGCUACGAUGCUCUACUAAGAAUGUUACUGCAGCCCAUUUCGAAUCUGACUACCACGCAAACUACGUUACACAAACAAGCGUUCUACUCUUUGGCUAAAUGCGUGGCCGCUAUCACAGUAACAUGUCAUUCUCACGCGUUGCCUGUAAUCCCGCAAUUCAUCAACGAAAUUCAGAAUUCGCAUUCUGAUUCGCAGCAAAUUUUCGCUUUGUUGGUUGUCGGCGAAAUCGGCAGGGAAAUAGAUCUUACUUCAGUAACAAACUUAAAGCAAGUAAUACUGCAAUCCUUCUCGGCUGUAUCUGAAGAAGUAAAAUCGGCUGCAAGCUACGCACUGGGCAGCAUUUGCAUUGGAAACUUGCAGCAAUAUCUACCGUUCAUACUCAAAGAAAGUCAGGAUCAACCCAAACGGCAAUAUUUACUCCUACACUCUCUCAAAGAAGUAAUAACAUGCUUAUCGCAAACUCCAGAAGGCAUCCAGCAAUUAUUGCCCUUCGUACCGGCGAUCUGGCAGCAACUCUUCAGGCAUUGCGAAUGCAGCGAGGAAGGCACUCGCAACGUGGUCGCCGAAUGUUUGGGCAAGCUGACUCUAAUCGACCCCGCUCAUUUGCUACCCAAGCUGAAGCGCUCCCUAGUGUCCCCGUCGCCUCUAAUGAGAACCACGGUGGUAACCGCGGUCAAGUUCACCAUCAGCGAUCAACCCGCCGCCAUUGAUCCGCUAUUGAGGCAAUGCAUUGGGGAAUUUUUGGACACCCUGCAAGACCCCGACUUGAAUGUGAGGAGAGUCGCUUUGGUUGCCUUCAACUCGGCCGCUCACAACAAGCCAUCGCUCAUCAGGGAUCUACUCGAUACCACUUUACCUCAACUAUACAGCGAAACUAACGUUAAGAGGGACUUAAUAAGGGAAGUUGAAAUGGGCCCCUUCAAACACACAGUGGAUGAUGGCUUGGACAUUAGAAAAGCUGCAUUUGAGUGCAUGUACACUCUAUUAGAUUCGUGUUUAGAUAGAAUUGAUAUUUUCGAUUUUAUUAAUCACGUCGAGUCAGGAUUAAAGGAUCAUUACGACAUCAAAAUGUUGACUUAUCUAAUGGUAGCUAGGCUUUCUCAAAUAUGCCCUGGAGCUGUCUUACAAAGAUUAGAUCGUUUGGUUGAACCGUUGAAAGCAACCUGCACCAUGAAAGUUAAGGCAAAUUCAGUUAAGCAAGAAUAUGAAAAGCAAGAUGAACUAAAAAGGUCUGCCCUGCGUGCUGUAUCAGCACUACUUAAUAUUCCUGAUGCAGAUAAAAAUCCUCACUUGAAUGAAUUUAUAAGCCAAAUAAAGAACUCUCCUGAUCUUCAACCGAUAUUUGAAUCCAUACAAAAAGACUCCUCCAGCAAUCAUAACGACUGUUUUUUAAUGGAUCAAAGUUAAAUUUGCCUAUUUGUUUGUAAUUUAUUUGAGAUUAAUGGUAAUUACAGUGUUAUGUUAUAUUCGAUUUUUGUCAUCUUCAAUUUAUAAUAAAACUUUUGUUUCACCUUA